UCCGGCCCGGCGGAGAGGGCUGGGGGCGGGGAGCCGGGAGCCAGCCACGGGAGUGCAGAGCGCGGUGGCUCACGCUCUCGACCGAUGUUAAGGAGCGCGUGUUAGAGGCCCUGGGACCCUGGUUCUGCUAAAAUACACAUAAAAUGGGCAGAUCAGAAAGCUAAAAAGGCUAAGUUGGAAUGAGGUUCUGCUAAUACCAUAAGUAACCUGUGGUCUACACAAUUCCUGACAUCCUGCUCCUACUUGUCUGCUAGAGAGCUGCCCCUCGGCCGUGCGUCAGAGCCUGCCUGCACAACCAGAGAACCAGGCAGCAACCGGGUCCUUUGGUAAAGGAAGCUAGAAACAACUCAGCAGGGAAUCCUGCUUGUCUAUGAAAUGCAGUUAACACACCAGCUGGACCUAUUUCCUGAAUGCAGGGUGACUCUUCUGUUAUUUAAAAAUGUCAAAAAUGCUGGACACUUGAGAAAAAAGGCCAUGGAAGGUGCUAUUGAUGGUGCAUUAAUAAACCCUAAAGUGAUCAUUGAUCCAUUUCAGAUACUUGUGGCAGCAAACAAAGCAGUUCAUCUCUACAGACUGGGAAAAAUGAAGACAAAAACUCUAUCAACUGAAAUUAUUUUCAAUCUUUCCCCAAACAACAAUAUUUCAGAAGCUUUGAAAAAAUUUGGCAUCUCAGCAAAUGACACUUCAGUUCUAAUUGUUUACAUUGAAGAGGGAGAAAAACAAAUAAAUCAAGACCUAAUAUCUCAGGUAGAAGGUCAUCAAGUUUCUCUGAAAAAUCUUCCUGAUAUAACAAAUAUUACAGAAGUAAAAAAGAUAUAUAAACUAUCUUCACAAGAAGAAAGUAUUGGAACAUUACUGGAUGGUAUCAUUUGUAGAAUGUCAACAAAAGAUGUUUUGUAAAAUGACAGAAAUAUUAAAAUUUUUCAUAUGAAAACA